AUGACUUUCGGUACGAUAUUGGAUACGUCCAUGGACCCAAUGGAAGAAACAAGAUUCAAGAAAAAACAUUCCGUGUUGAUAAAUCAAUUGGCGAGAAAAACCCAUUUUGACGUCCAGGAAGUCGAAACGCUAUUGGUAAUUUAUUACAAACUCCAAAAAGACGGUCCAGAAAAACAGAUGGGGGUUAAUAAAAGUCAGUUCCGAGAUUUCUUGCAUAAAUGUUUAAACAUGACUGAUGACUACUUAAUGGACAAAAUCUUUUUGGCAGUGGAUAAAGGACCCGUGCAAUAUCUUUCCAUGGAAACUUGGAUCACGACUUUGUCGCUUUUUCUCAGAGGAACUCUUGAGGAGCAUAUUAUUUUUUGUUUUAGUGUAUAUGAUAUGAUGGGUGAAGGUAUUUUGGGUAGGGAAACAAUGUUUAAUUUGUUGAGAACAUCAAUAAUUGGCCAGACUGAAGAAGACUCUGAAGAAGCUGCUAAGGAUCUCAUUGAAGUGAUUACAAAAAAAAUGGAUUUGGACAGAGAUGGAAAAAUAUCUUUUAACGAUUAUAGGCAAACUGUACUGGCAAACCCAAUGCUGCUUGAAGCUUUUGGUUAUUGUUUACCAUCAAGAGGAGACAUUAAUGCGUUCCAAACGACAUUUACAAACCAUGUGGGAAAAAUGUAGCAUUAAAAAAAUUACCUUAUCAGUGAAA